AUGGCAAGGGGGAACGAAGACAGGGCGGUCGGCGGCGGCGAAGGGACGGAUGUCAUCGGUCAGGAGGUCACCGUUGGUGCCACGGCGGUGGCAGCUGGGGGGAAUGGCGGUGGCGCAGGGGCGGAGCCCAGCGGCGGGGACGCCACGGUCGGUGCCACAGUGGCGGCGGCUGCUGGUGACCCUGGGGUCGCCGGAGGGAGUCCAGUGGCGGUCGCUGCCGGUGAGGGUGCAGAGGUGGCAGCAGUGGAGGGCUCCGUCAGCGGGGACGGAGGUUCGGGCAGUGGAGUCGGGGGUUCGGGCAGGCCUCUUACCCCUAUCGUGGAGGAGUUGUUUGCGGCUGCCGAGCGGGCGAGCGACGGGGGGAUAGCCGACCUCGGUGGUGAGGAGGUAGUUGUCGGACAGUUCAGCGAGACGCUGGUGCUGAGGACGGCGACGGUGUUGGAGCCGAGGAGUGGGGAUAGCGGGAUCGGGUCCUCACGCCCUGUUCCCUUCGCGGACGGGGACUUCCUAGAGGACGUGGAGCCCCGGGAUGUCUUGGACGCGCUUGGUCUCGACUCUGUGGUUGCAGCGGUGCUGAAGGACGCUAGCACGCCUGAGGACCGGGCUUCGGCGUCGCUUUUAGGGGCUUUACUGAGCGGAGCGGGCUCGGGCGCCCAGAAGGUGGUUGUACCGGAGGCGGAGGCAUUGGGAGGGGAUAGGGUGGCUGCCGAGGUGGCUGCUGAAGUACGGGUUACCGCGGUAAACGAGGCGAAAGCCUACUUGGAGGGGCGGGGAGGCUACCUGGCGAGGGAGGGGCCCGAGUUCACUCCGGCUACGUAUGCUCCUCGACUACACUUCUUUGAGCCUGUGGGGAUGACGGCUUACGUCCCCGGCUACGCUGACUACCCUAAGGAGAUGCUCCUCCGGGACCGAGCUUCACACAUCUCCUCUGGCUGGGUCACGCGCACGAUGGACGUGUACGGCCACGGGGGCUCAGCCAGCUCACUGGCGCACUUCAGGGCCUUGCCUGAGAGGGUGUGA